AUGCAAGAAAACCAGACAAACGGUUCUCCAGAUCAAAAUGGAGGACGCACGACUCGAGCCAUCGAGUCUCCCCCUUCACAGCAGCAACGGGUCAACCCUGAGGGACCACCUUCCCCGGCCGCGAGGGACCACGUCACUUUAGCCGUCGAAAACGACUCCAAAGAAGAACAAGUACAAACAGAUGAUGAUGAUGUUGUUGAUGGUCGGCAGGAUCGUGGAUUUCGAAGGAUCAUCAGAAAUUUCACUCCUUCGUACAUUCUUCCCCCCUCCCUCCUUUCCUUUCCUCUUCUCUUCCCCUUCAACAACCACAGCGGCAAGUCGGCUAACCACCUCCCUUAUGCACGGACGAACACGCACAGAUGGUUCAUCAUCACCAUGAGCACCGGUGUGCUCUCCAUCAUGCUCCAUCAACUGCCCUACAACGGGCACUGGUCCCGCGUCAUCUCGGUCGUUUUCUUCGUCAUCAACCUCGCCCUCUUCUUGACGUUUACGGCGUUGUCAACAUUGCGCUACACGCUCUAUCCGCGCAUCUUCCUGGCCGUCCUCAAACAUCCCCACCAGAGCCUAUUCCUCGCCACCUUCCCCGUCGGGCUGGCUACGCUGGUGAAUAUAACCGUGUUGGUGUGUGCGCCGGCAUGGGGGCACGGCCUCGCGAUAUUGGCGUGGAUUCUCUGGUGGAUCGUUGCUGUGCUGGCGUUGACCACCUGCUUUCACUUGACCUUCGUCAUCAUGACACAUCGACGAGGCGAGCUGGAGGAAAUGACGGCUCUCUAUCUGAUCCCAAUUGUCGCCGUCGUCAUCGCCGCGACCUCUGGCGGCCUCGUCGCGGGUGCCAUCCCUAACCCCGAGCAUCAGCUGUGGACUCUCAUCAUCAGUUACAUAUUGUGGGGAAUCGGAUCGCCGCUCUCGUGGAUCAUACUGACGAUAUACUUCCUCCGAAUGAUUUUGCACAAACCCUUGAAGCGCGAGGUCAUCGUGUCCCUUCUCCUCCCAAUCGGUCCAUUGAGUCUUUCAGGGUUCUCAAUCAUCGUGUUGAGCAAGGUCGCAAAACACCUUUUCCUGACGACGCACACCCUACCACACCUGAGCAAGACAUCCGCGGGGGAAGUGCUGUAUAUCGUCAGCUUUUUCGUCGGCCUCAUCCUGUGGGGAUUUUCGAUCGUCUGGUUCAUCGUCGCCGUGAUGAUGGUGGCCACCUCGGGCCGAUUCCCGUUCAACAUGGGAUGGUGGGGUUUUAUCUUUCCUGUCGGCGUGUUUACCCUCCUGACCAUGACAAUCGGGGAAGAGCUCGAGUCUCGAUUCUUCAAGGUUCUCUCGUGUGUCCUCACGGUCGCCUGUAUUGCCAUGUGGCUGGUCAUUGCGGCGAUGACCCUGCAGCGCUCCAUCAAAGGAACAAUGUUUUACGCUCCGUGCUUGGGAACGGAUCUGUAUGGGAAAAGAACCAAGGAACUCUCCAAGGACAAUGCGUCACACAAGGAGACGGUAUGA